AACAUAAUAUUACGGUAAGACCGUUUGCUAUCGGCGAACAUAUACGCACUUGAAAAAUGUGUGUAAAAUUUUGAAUUACUUCGUGUUAUCAGUAUGGCGGAAGAAAAUUACUUUUCGAAUUCAUUUGAAUAUAAAAAUGGAAUACUUUUUUGUGAAAAUGUUGCUUUAGAAGAAGUAAAAACGUGGCUUAAAAAUCGCGGGAUCAAACGUGUAACACCUGCAUUUAUUUAUAGUAAGUCUCAAGUUGAAACAAAUGUGCUCCUCUACAAGAAUGCUUUAAGACAUUUGGAAAGAAAAACGACUCUCAAUUAUGCCUUGAAGGCGAAUAUGAACCCAGGUCUGGUGCGAAUAAUGAAAACCCUAGGGUGUUCAUUAACACUGGUGAGUGGGUUCGAACUUGAAUUGGCGUUAAAGCUAGGUUUCACACCUGAGCGUAUUGUGUUGAAUGGUAACGGAAAGGAAACUUGGGAGAUCGAACUCGCAGUCAACAAUGAUUGCUUGCUCAACAUUGAUAGUUUGUUUAACGUGAAGCAGACGAUUGGUGUUUGCAGACGGCUUCACAGAAAGGCAAGAGUUCUGCUGCGGAUAAAUCCCGAUAUCGAUCCAAUGGUACAUCAGUAUAAUUGCACUGGCAAAAAUGGAUCAAAGUUUGGUGUACAGGAAAAAUACUUCGAUGAUGUGAUCAGAGAGAUAAAGUCCGAGCCUCUGAUACAGCUGGUCGGUAUCCACUGUCAUUUGGGGUCUACUAUCACCAGUAUCGCAAUAUUCAGAGAAUCUGCUGACGUCAUGUUGCAAAUAUAUAGAAAGCUAAAACAUGAAGGGUUUGAACAUAUGGAAUACAUCAACCUUGGCGGUGGACUAGGCAUUGACUACACCAAGCAUGUUGCUGUGACUACAGAUCCGAAAAUCCUUGUAAAAGAGCGGCCCAUUGAUAUACCAACACCGGCAGACCUGGUGAAGGUUGUAGAUGAGGUGUUCGGAGAUGAAAAUAUCUCGCUAAUACUCGAACCCGGUCGGUCUCUCAUUGGCAACGCUGGUAUUCUACUAACUUCAGUACUAGGAGUCAAGCACGGCGAACCAAAGAGCUACAUCGUUGUAGAUGGUUCGAUGACGGAAGUUAUUAGGCCGGCUUUAUACAGUGCCUACCACCAUAUAGAUCUUGCUGUACCGUCCCAGGCUGAUGACAAACACAAAAUGCUAUAUGACGUAGUUGGUCCAGUCUGCGAAAGUGGCGACUUUUUAGGAAAGGAUCGGUACAUGUCCGCCCCACAUGAAGGUUGCUUGAUGGCAGUGUUUGAUGUGGGUGCUUAUUGUGCAUGCAUGGGCUCCAACUAUAACAUGAGGGCAAGACCAGCUGAAGUUUUAAUUAGUGGAGACAAGUUAGAACUGAUACGUAGACCAGAGACACUCGAUGAUAUUCUAGCACCCUACGAUAUUUGAAGUCCAACCCCACUGAGCUGUUAACAGACAUUUAAAAUCAAAGUACUUCAAAUCUGCAAAAGGUCACAGGCAGAUCGGUGGUAAAAUACAACAUGAAACCAUCAGUGGAACAUGUCAGACAAUACAGAAAUAAGAUGACUUUCACACUGAAACUGUACUGAAAUAUAUUUCACAUUGAAACUGUAUUGAAAUAUAUUUCACAUUGAAAUACAACUGAAGUUCUGUUUCAUAUUGAAAAGUAACAAAUUAAAUGAGGAAACAGUGCUAGAAAGUUUAUGAUCUUGGUUGAAAUGUUUUAAAAUCUAGUCUCAAGAUAUUUUCUUUAGUCGGUCUGUUUGUUUGUCAUGGCUUUAACUGGUGUAUGUUUUAUGCCAUUUUCGAGUUUUUGUAACAGGUAAGUAACCUUAGUAGUAAGAGUUCCUUGAUUAUUCCUACACUUAAUUAAUCUGGAGGUGGACAAGUUUCACUUCUUCAAAAUAAAUUACUAGAGAACUUUUGUCUUGAUCUUGGAUUAGAUUGUGCAGGCAGAAUGUGUUAUGAUUAAAAGCUGAGAAAUUGA